AUGAGUGAAACUGAUUGGGACAAUGUUACUGUAAUUCGAAAACGUGCUGAGCAUGCCAAAGUCACCAAAGGUGAUGCUGCGAUUAACGCAGCCCGUCGUGCGGGUGCCGUCGUUGGGAUAGAACGUAAAGGUCAUUCUGGCACCGAUCAUCAAAAGAUUGCCAAACUUGAUCGGGAGAACGAGGUUGCACCACCACCAAAGAUUAGUUUGUCGGUUGGAAAAGCCAUUCAACAAGCUAGACAAGCUAAAGGUCUUACUCAAAAGGACCUAGGCCAGAAGAUUAAUGAAAAAGCAAAUAUUGUAGCGGGUGCUAGGCAUCAAACUACGCGGUAA